GGGCUGUCCUUGGCGGUGGAGGCGGCCGUGCGUGGUAGUUGGCUGCUGUCGCCUUGACCUGCCCCCGGAGCAGAUGGACUCGGGCCGCGGCCGUUAGCAGGAGGGCCGCAGCGGAGAGGUCAAGGCGACCUCAGGACCCCCGCAGCUGCCGCCGGUGGGGGAAGACGACCCGGGCUUAAGAGUGAGAUGGCGUUUAACGAUUGCCUUAGCUUGACCUACCCUGGUAACCCCCAGCCAGGGGACUUGAUUGAAGUGUUUCGUCCUGGCUAUCAGCACUGGGCGCUGUACUUGGGUGAUGGUUACGUUAUCAACAUAGCACCUCUAGAGGACUGCGUUCCUGCAGCAUUUACAAGUGCCAAGUCUGUAUUCAGCAGAAAGGCCCUGGUGAAGAUGCAGCUGUUGAAGGAUGUUGUGGGAAAUGAUACAUAUAGAAUAAACAAUAAAUACGAUGAAAUAUACCCACCUCUCCCUGUGGAAGAAGUCAUACAACGGUCAGAGUUUAUUAUUGGACAGGAGGUGGAGUAUGACAUAUUUGUCAACAACUGUGAGCAUUUUGUGACUUUGCUUCGCUAUGGAGAAGGACUUUCAGAGCAGGCCAACCGAGCAAUAAGUACCAUUGGGUUUGUGACAGCUGCUGCUGGUGCCUUCUCACUGCUGGGCUUGUUUCCAAAAAGACACAGAACGAACUACUAUUAACAGUUUACUGAAGACAUAUUGGAACUGAAGGACAUUGUGAGGGGGGGGGGGAAACCCAACCUGGGAUGAAUACUUAUUUUCAAUGCAUCCUUAUUGUUCCCAAUUCCAAUGACGGAUGGCAGGCUCUUUAAUAAAUUGCUCACUGAUAUCAUCUCA